CACAAGUCUACCCUCCUCAAUCAAUUCCCUCACAAUCUAUUUUUUUCAUUCCCCAAUUCCUCUCAUCCCACUCCCUGUGCCCUCUCCCCACCUCUUGCAUCCUACGACCAUGUCUGGCCAGCAGUGUCUCUGCCGCCUGGCAUUGCGAUGCCCUCCACGGCUUCGCAACGGCACCCGCAAACCUGUCUGGCUCCCGUUGUCUAUCAAUACGAGUCGCAGCUACUCUGCCCUGUCAAGGGCGACAGUAUACAGCCUUCUCAUGCAGUCUUCGAGACGUGGAACCUUCGGGACGGCCCAGGUGGUCCAGACACGAAGAUAUGCCGUUACGACGGUCAAAGUCCCGCAGAUGGCUGAGUCGAUCACAGAGGGGACGCUGAAACAGUGGUCAAAACAGGUCGGCGAUUUUGUCGAGCAGGACGAAGAAAUUGCUACCAUCGAGACGGACAAGAUCGACGUCUCUGUCAAUGCUCCCGAAACAGGGACAAUCAAGGAAUUAUUGGUCAACGAGGAGGAUACGGUGACGGUUGGGCAGGACCUUUUGAAGAUGGAGUUGGGUGGAGCGCCUUCGGGGAUAGCAAAGGAGGAAGCCAAGGAGAGCUCCAAGGAGCCUGCGUCGACGGAGCAAGAGACGUCUUCGCAACCUGAGGGUGGCCACAAGCAGCUAGCAUCACAACAAGAAACGCCCCAGUCGCCAAAGCAAGAGCCGAAACCAGAGCCCCCGAAGAGACAGUCCAAGCCAGCACCGCCUCCGUCAAAACCCGAGCCGAAAAAGGAAUCCAAGGGGGAGUCCAAGAAGCAGGAAAGUGCCCCCGGAAGCCGCGAGGAGCGUCGUGUCAAAAUGAACCGCAUGCGCCUGCGCAUCGCCGAGCGUCUGAAGCAGUCCCAGAACACAGCCGCAUCCCUGACGACCUUUAACGAAGUCGACAUGUCGUCGUUGAUGGAGUUCCGCAAGCUCUAUAAGGACGAGAUCUUAAAGAAGCAAGGCGUCAAGCUUGGAUUCAUGAGCGCCUUCUCGCGCGCUUGCGUCCUGGCUAUGAAGGAACUCCCUGCCGUCAAUGCAUCCAUCGAAGGACCGAAUGGCGGAGACACUAUCAUCUACCGCGACUACGUCGACAUCUCCGUUGCGGUCGCUACCGAGAAGGGACUCGUGACUCCGGUGGUGCGCAACGCUGAAUCUAUGGACAUGGUUGGCAUUGAGAAGGCUAUUGCGGAUCUGGGUAAGAAGGCUCGCGACAACAAGCUAACCAUCGAGGACAUGGCUGGUGGCACCUUCACCAUCAGCAACGGCGGAGUCUUCGGCUCGCUCAUGGGCACACCAAUCAUCAACCUUCCUCAAACAGCCGUCCUAGGGCUCCAUGCCAUCAAGGACAAGCCUGUCGCUGUGAACGGAAAGGUUGAGAUCCGACCAAUGAUGUACCUCGCUUUGACAUACGACCACCGCUUGCUGGAUGGAAGGGAAGCCGUCACUUUCUUGGUGAAGAUCAAAGAGUUUAUUGAGGACCCACGCAAGAUGCUCCUUGGAUGAGCUCAAUUUCGCUUUCUUUCAUUCGUCCCUUCAACACAAAUUUCAUAUUUGUGCAUUCGUAGUAUUAAUAUUUUGUACAGUGUGGCUAUGAAAUAGAGCCGUGUUGGUAUGGAGGAGCUGACUUGGCUGUAAGAUAUGCAUGCAGACUGAGCGAUUUGUACCAAGUUCAACCUAUU